AUGUCGUGUCUCACUUCAAAUGGUGGAAAUGGUGCGAUGAAAAGAAGGCAAGGAGCACGAGGUCGAAAACGCGAUGAACUACCACUGCUGGGUAUUGCAGCAAGGCGAGCAUUAUCUGGAAGUAUCACAUCACGGCAGGGUAGGAGUGUUUCUACUAAUGGACGACGAAAUGUUGUCAAUACUGUGGUAAAUAAAUAUGCUAAUCGUAGAACGUCUUUUUUCAAAUCAGUGCGGCCACAAAAAGCAAGUACUCAAAAAGCAGGCAUCAAAUGCCAUGAAUCAUUGUGGGAUAAGGAUGGACGCUUGUUUCGAAAAGGUGAUAUAAUUUCUAUCACAGAUUCUAAAGAUGGUUUGGAGUAUUUUGGGCAGAUUCGAACUCUUAUAUCUAAUCAACUGGGUGAACGCUUCGCCGCUCUCAUAUGGUUAGUUCCUACGGAUUCAGCACGUGAUAGCCAUCAGUUUGAUGCCAAGAAUUUCGUCCAUGUCUUGUCAGAUUCAGGAAUGUAUCCACUUGGGAUCUGCAAAUUUGUCCAACACUCCCCACUACUUCCUGCUUAUUUUUUGGAUUGGAAGCCGCACUCAGAAGUGGAAAAAAGGUUGCGAGAAGAAUUGGAAGAAAGAGUUCGUUCUGCCAACACGCUAUCAACUACUUUAUCGUCAUUUGAUGAUCGAAUCCUACCCUCUAACUCAAGUUGA